UUAUCCAGCGGGAGCGGCGGCGGCGGCGGAGCUCGCUGGGCCCGGCUCGGUGGCGGCGGUGGAGGGGUGCCCGCUGCGGAGAUGGCCAACAUCGCGGUGCAGAGGAUCAAGCGGGAGUUCAAGGAGGUGCUGAAGAGCGAGGAGUCCACAAGAUGCAUAAUUGUGGGUUUACUUGCAAAGAACAAGAAGUCCUGCUGUAAACUUGGAGCUUACCAGUUGCAGCUGACAACAGCUUAGCAGUUGACAGCCGGAGAAACCAGCGAAUGUUAGAAUGAUUGCGGGACCUGAGCAAACGAGCAAAAAUCAAAUUAAAGUAGACCUUGUAGAUGAGAAUUUUACAGAAUUAAGAGGAGAAAUAGCAGGACCUCCGGACACACCAUAUGAAGGUGGAAGAUAUCAACUAGAGAUAAAAAUUCCAGAAACAUAUCCAUUUAAUCCUCCUAAGGUGCGGUUUAUCACCAAAAUAUGGCAUCCUAAUAUUAGCUCAGUUACUGGGGCCAUUUGUUUGGAUAUACUGAAAGAUCAAUGGGCAGCAGCAAUGACUCUAAGAACGGUGUUGUUAUCACUGCAAGCAUUGUUGGCAGCUGCAGAACCAGAUGAUCCACAGGACGCAGUAGUGGCAAACCAGUACAAACAAAAUCCAGAAAUGUUUAAACAGACAGCUCGACUUUGGGCGCAUGUGUAUGCUGGAGCACCAGUUUCUAGUCCAGAAUACACCAGAAAAAUAGAAAACCUUUGUGCUAUGGGCUUUGAUAGGAAUGCAGUAAUAGUGGCCUUGUCUUCAAAAUCAUGGGAUGUAGAGACUGCAACAGAAUUACUCCUGAGUAACUGAGCCAUGUAGAGAGAGCUGCUUCGGUAGUCCAGCUUGCCCCUUCUGGAGGAGCAUCACCAUCUGUUAUUUUUAGGAUUCUAUAUAGAUUCUCUUUUAAAACUGGCACUCUUGCCUGAUGAUGCUAUCUAGGCACUAUUGGAGACUGAAAAACCGCUCUGUAAAUAAAGCUAAUUAAACGUCUGUGUAAAUUUAAAAAGGGGAAAUACUUUAAUUUUUUUCUUACUAAAUAUUGUAAAAAUUCUUUGAGCUCAGCUAAAAUAAUGGGGGAAAACAUGCCUACUUCAGUGUUUAGCAGUGUGACGAAGACUAGCAGGAACUUGCUUCAGGAUUUUGAUUUAGUAAUUCAGAAAGCAACAUUUUUGAGUGUUAGUCAUCAAAAUUGUUGGUGCCACUCAUCACAGCUAUCUUACUGUUUUUAACAUGGAUCCUAUGUGCCUGUGGAUUGACCUAUAUUUGCAUGCUUGUACUUAAUAGACGUAUUAGGUAGGGUCGCUGAAGAGAGCACCAUUUAAAUACUCGAGUGUUCUUGUACCUAUUUUCCUGAGAGACUUAAAAGAUUUACCCAAAGUUCCAAAUGGUGACCUAUUCAGAACCUUUUUCUUCCUAGCUUAUAAAUUGGGAAACCUCAGUGUCCUCUCCCUUACAUCAUACAGCUAAAAGCCCUCACUGGAUUAUUUUUCAUUAUCUGUUUGUAUUGUGUGCCAUUUACAGUAGCCAAGGCUCCCCUUUAAAGAAUAUAUUUUGAAUUAUCAGUGAUGAUUUUCAUCCAUCGUAUUUUCUAUGCAUCUCAUAAGGGUUUAUUAUGCCUCAAUAUAGCACAAAAAGAUGGAGCUGGUUUUCUUUACUUUUUUUUGUCUUAAAUGGAUGUAAAAUGCUCAGUAUAUCCUGGAUAAUAUGAUUUCACUGGAUUUGAAGGAGGAAAAAGCUAAUUCUCUAGCAUACUGAGAAUUUUUUUUUCUUUUGAGUACUUGAUAUGAUGCAAUCAGCUGUUUUUGCAGCAGUUUUCUAGCUUUAUUUUGGGCUUCAAUUUAAGGAUUGCUUACCAGGUACUUUAAAAUUCAUCCUUGCUUGCAUUUUUCUCUAGUUGACACAUGGAGGCUGUGUUGGUGUUUUUUCUGUACAUACUUCAAAUGCACAUAGACGUAGAAGUGUGUUCUCAAUUUAGCUUUCUUUUGGAUUGAUGUUUCUGAUAAAUGAGAACUGAACUCUUAUCUUGGCUUGUACAUACAGUCAGUCGUUUUAUUCGUAUUAAAAUGACAUUUCAUCC